AAAUCUUCAGUAUUUUUAAUAGUUAAUUGUGUCCAAGUCAAAAACUCCAUUUGGGUCCUACUAGUUUUUUAUUUUGUACUUUUAACUCUUUAAAUCUUGAAAAUAUUACUAUUGUUCUUGAAAAAAAUUUGGUCAUGGCUUCAUCAAGUGGAACAUCAUCAGGGUCAUCAUUAUUUCUUCAAAACUCAGGCUCAGAAGAAGAUCUUCAGCAAUUAGUGGAUCAAAGGAAGAGGAAGAGAAUGAUAUCAAACAGAGAAUCAGCUCGAAGAUCAAGGAUGAGAAAACAGAAACAUUUGGAUGAUUUAAUGGCUCAAGUUGCAACACUAAGAAAAGAAAAUAACCAGAUUUUGACAAGUAUGAAUGUUACCACACAACAUUAUCUUAAUGUUGAGGCUGAAAAUUCAAUCUUGAGAGCUCAAUUAGCUGAAUUAAAUCACAGGCUUGAGUCACUCAAUGAAAUUAUUGCUUUCUUGGAUGCCAACAACAAUUGUAAUGGUCUUGCCAAUAUGGACCAUAAUCAAGAAGAGCCUUAUAGCUUCAAUUUUGCACAAAAUGAACCUAUGGUUGAUGGGUUCAACAUGACCAAUUCUUGGAAUUAUCUUUGUGCCAAUCAGCCUAUUAUGACUGCAGAUGUUUUGCAGUACUGAUUAGCCAGACCAGUCAGUUUCGAAUAUCAUAUGGUUGAAGAGAAAGAAUCAAAAGAGAAUUUUUUUAAGCAGUAGAUCUAAAAAUUUUUAAAAAAAAAUGUAUCAAGUAGUAGAAGUAUUAGUACUUUUGUUAAGCUUUGUCAAGUAGGGUUAAGAAUAAAUUCCUUUUGAGGGAAAUAAUAGUAGUAACUAUUGGUGUUCUUGUACAUGGGGGCUUUGUAAUCUCAUAUUUGGCCUCUUUCAAGAACUUAUGAAGUUGUAUUUGGAAAGUUUGGUUUUUUAUUGAUGUAAAAUAUAAUAUAAUAUUAUUAA